AUGGAUAUCUCGGGUCAUCCAAAAACCCGAACCCGAACCAUUUUCGAUGAAGUUGACGAACCUGUCUGGUUUUGUUGCGUUCUUCCGAUUUGGGUUGGAGAGGAAAUGGCGUCGGGAUGGGGAAUAACGGGAAACAAAGGGAGAUGCUACGAUUUCUGGAUGGAUUUCAGUGAAUGUAUGUCUCACUGCAGAGAGCCCAAAGAUUGUACCCUUCUUCGUGAAGAUUACCUCGAGUGUCUCCACCAUUCCAAAGAGUGUGAUUGUGAUGUCUAGAUCACUUAGUUGUCGAAAUUCCAAAAAUCCUAGAUCAGGUCGAGCAAUUGGGAAAUGAGUCCCAUGCCUUUGUUGAUUGGCCAUUUUCGGAAUCCUCAGCUGCAGAAUCAAGAUGCCAUUGAAAGAUCAUGUUCUCUUGUUUAAGAUAGGAUGUAUCGAUUAGGCGUUUCUGGAACUAAAUCAUCUCUGUACAUGUUACAACUGUUUCUUCUGCAAUUACACGGCUCUCUUAGAACAUUACGAUUGACACCAGUGGUUUCUUUACUUUGAAUGAAGAUGCUGUAAGUUUAAGUUUUUAUGUGUUGUGUACCUGUUGUUGCAGUUUCAAAGAAGGAACAGGAUAUACAAGGAGGAGCAGCGUAAACUAAGAGCAGCUUCGAGGAAAGGUGAAGAAGCCGGAGAUGGGACUCACAACCAUCACUAGUCUCAACAAUCCUCCUUCAAGCUUCAUCCGAUUCCAGAGAAGAAUAAUAAAAGGUUCAUGGAAGAUUUUGUAUCUUGGAAUCUCUAAACGCUUUGAUUGUUUUUCAGUUUUCAAUUUUAUCCAAUCAUGUUCUGCUUUCUUUUUAUGUUAAAUCGUCUCUUUGAGACGUAUACUUUUCCACCUGAAUUAUGGACAUGUGGAUUGUGGAUCAUUUACUUCUUCACUAUUACUCCAUCCAACCAGGAACAAUGGCAACAUUUUGUCGAUAACUUGUGUUUAAUUAAUUAUAACAAUUGUUCUUGGAAA